ACGCGGACAGUUGAGUUAGUGUGCGUGAGAUGGUGUCGAAUAAAGUCUGGAAAAGUGGACUAAGUGACAGCUAGUGGCUCUGAAUGGGUCGUGCCUGCUGCCUGCUAGAAGUUAGUGUCCUAGAAGACACAAACGAAACAGUUCAUUGCCCUCAAAUCCAGUUCCUCUUUGCCUAGCGAGCAGCAGAGUUUAUCGCUGGUUUGUCUUGGUACGCUACACAGGACAAGGCAGAAGCACUGCGCUGAUCGUGGUCUGGCCACCUUGGUCUUCAGUUUCAGUGAUCACGUAUAGUGACGUCAUCUAGGGACUGUGACCACAACUGCAAGGAUGGAUUCCGAAGCAGAAUUCCGCCAGCCCAUCAUGCAGAGCAUGUCUGUAGUUAGCAGUUCCUCUGUGCAGCUUACACCACGACUCAUCAUUGUGCCACCAUUCGAGGACCAAGACAAUAUUACCAACUACAAGAAGCGGAUCAGCAGUUCCAUCUCACACCAAGCUGAGCCUGGUCACGGACCUUCUAUUGAAGAGAUUGAAGAAGGUGACGAGACUGAUGGAAAGCUUCUUGAGGAUCCAUCGCCCGAGUCUGAAGCCUUCCCCAACCUACGCAAAGUGUUCUCCUCACGGGCAGAGCUGGGAAAGUUUCUUACUGAAAACCUCUACUUUCAGCUACUGGUUGUCUUCCUGGUUGCUGUGGAUGCAGUGAUUGUCAUUGUGGUGGACUUACACCUGACAGCUCACGACGAAUGCCAUUCCAACUCCGAUUGUCCUACGGGAGAGAAACAUUUGGACGAUCAUGAUCACCUGAAGUACUGCAGUGUCAAUGUGAACUAUACCAAGUGUGCAUACUACCAUGGUCACCGUCAGUGUGUAGCAGAAUACACGCCUGAAGACAGGACCACCUUGGACACGCUUCACUACGUCGGAUUGGCUGUUUUGACACUCUUUAUGAUGGAGGUGCUGUUGCGCAUCUUUGCACUUGGAAAGGAUUUUUUCAAGAGAAAGCUUGAGAUCUUUGAUGGACUGUUGGUGCUUGGCUGCUUCAUAUUCUACAUUGCUUAUCGGAUUCAAGAGCCGUUCCAUGCUGCUGCUGAAGCUGCUGCUCUCAUAAUCCUGUUGCGUGUCUGGCGUAUGAAGCGAAUCGUCAACGGUAUUACACGGGACUCUCAGAAACGCAACCUGGGAAAACGCCGUCUGCUGCAACAACAACUCAAGAUUUACAAAGAAAGAGAUGAUAUCCUAUGUGAAGAGCUGAAGACCCUCAAGGAAGAGGUACGCUGUUUCCGUGCCCUGGCAGAGAAAGCAGAGAAAGCAGAGAACCCGACAUCUGCACCAAUCGAGUCCCGCAUGUAGCAGUCCAACAGCGCAGUACAGAACUACAGUACACUGCAAUACGGUACACAGUAGAGUACCAAUAUGCUGUACUGAUAUGCUGUACUGAUAUCCUGUACCGAUAUGCUGUUGGUACGGCCAUGCAAGCAAGGCACAGCAAUGGCAUUACACUGCAUAACGCUCUGGUAGCUAGAAGUGCACAUGCUUAGUCACUGUAUCGGGUACACUUGCGUCAUCUAAACUGCAUGUUCAGUUUGUCUUCAACAUUCUAAGUCAAUAGCCACACGCGUGAAAUAGUCUGCCUUGCAACGCCACACAGUCACACACGCACACAUACUGAUCAUGUCUCCCCAUAGUCAAACACAGUAGACAUACAGUGUCACAUAGUGUUAUAGCAGAACCACAAACAAUACACAAAAUAAUAAACGCUGCACUAUCUCAGACUUCAGCAAGCAUCUGUUUUCCUUCCGAGCUAUUGUUAGAUGUUCACUUCACAUCCAAGACCUGGCAAUGAACCUGGAUCAUUUACGCUGACUUAAAUGCAUGCACGCUAUACCUGUUCUAUACCAGUUCUCUUCCAUAACAUUAUUCGAACAUUUUCAAUCACAGUUGAAACACCAUG